AUGUCUAUCUAUUUGAAACAAUCUGUAGAUUUAAAAUAUUAUAAAAUGGACAAGGUUUUAAGUUCAUUAAAUUUAACCAAUGAUGAUAUGAUUGGAGUACAAAUCAGCUUACUCCUGUUCGUUCCAUACUUACUUGGACACUUUCUCUUCCCAAAGUUGACUUUUCAAUUUGGUAGUCUUGUUUUGGCAUGUUGUGGAGGUUUAACUGUCGGAUUCUCACUUAAUAGUCACUCUUCUUUUGAGGAAAAGAUCGCUGAUUGUAUAUUCUCAGUAGUAAUUAUGCUCCUUGCAUUAUCUGCAUUGCAUAACAAUUCAAAGAAACCAAUGAUGGUAGGAUACAUCUUACACGGCACCUGGGAUAUUUUACACCACCAUUGGACUGGUCACUUGCAUGUUGCUUGGGAUAUUAAGACUACUACACCACUUUGGUACCCAUUAUCAUGUUUCACCUACGACUUUUUAGUUGCAGCAAUGUAUAUGGUCACAAGCUACCCUUCAUCUGGUGGAAACACUGCCCAAAAGAAAAAGACUCGUUAA